GAGGGGAGGGGUAAUUGACCGUUAGUUGGCGGCAACGGUGUCCGCCCUGCCUUUUGCCUCUGUGUGGAUAACAAAGUUCCAGAACUGUCUUUUUUUUUAUUUAUUUUAAUUAACGUUAAGAGUAAAAAUAAUCAAAAUAUAAUAAAAUCUGUGUGUGUUUGAUAUCUUAUUCAUCCAUUAAAUAAAAAAAAAUGGCUGGCGCUUUCAAUGUUGGAUUGAACUUAGUUAAUGGUAGUAGCAAUAGCCGUUUCCCCUCUUUUCGUAACCCUAAUUUCAUCGCACCUUUUCCGGUGCCGGGAACAUCACCCCUUGUUCUUUUUCUUCUGUUGAAUAAUAAUAAUAAUAAGAAGAAGAGAUUAGGUGAUUGCUGUUGCGCCGCCGGUAGUAGUAGUAAACCAAGUAGUUCUGAUGAUAAGGAUUUGCUGUUGUUGAUGGGCGGUGGCAUCGAACAAGAAGAACGGCCCACAUUUGAUAUAAAUCGUGCCGUAAUUCUGGCCGGUUUUGCAUUUGAAGCCUAUACUACUCCCACUGAAAGUAUUGGAAAGAGUGAAGUGGAUGCUGCUGGUUGUCAGACCACAAUUCUUUCACAGUCAUUUCUCCGUGAGAUUUAUGAUGGACAGCUGUUUGUUAAGCUUAAAAAGGGUUAUGCUUUCCCUGCCAUGGAUCCUUGGGGAACGAGUGAUCCUUAUGUCGUGCUGCAAUUGGAUUGUCAGAUCGUGAAAAGCAACGUUAAAUGGGGGACAAAAGAACCUACUUGGAAUGAGGAACUCACCUUGUACAUCAAACAUCCACCAACCCAUACUCUUCAGAUUGCUGCUUGGGAUGCAAAUCUUGUGACCCCCCAUAAACGUAUGGGUAAUUCCAGUGUCAGUUUGGACUCCUUUUGUGAUGGUAAAUUACAUGAGGUGCUAAUUGAAUUGGAGGGGAUGGGAGGUGGUGGAAAAGUGCAGCUAGAGGUUGAGUACAAGAGCUUUGAGACAAUUGAGGAAGAAAAAAAUUGGUGGAGAAUACCCUUUGUAGCAGAAUUUCUUCGAAACAAUGGUUUUGAAUCUACUUUGAGAAAAGUUAUUGGAUCCGAACCUGUACAAGCCCGUCAGUUUGUCGAGUAUGCCUUUGGGCAGUUAAAGUUGAUAAAUGAUGCAUAUAUACAGAAAGGUGACUCUUCAAAUGGUGACAAAUAUGAUAAAGAAGAUUUCAGAAUCUCCGAAGAUACUAACUCUCAAUGGGACAUGGUACAGACAGACAUAGAUCAAGAAGAUUCUCUAGAAUCUCAAAGCGACAAAAAAGAUGCAAGCUCCCAAUCUGACAAAGUUUUUUGGAAGAAUUUUGGUGAUACCAUUAGUCAGAAUAUUGUUAAGAAACUUGGUCUCCCUGCUCCUGAAAAUAUUAAGUGGGAAGGAUUUGAUAUAUUAAGCACGAUAGGACGUCAAUCACAAACCAUUGCAGAAGCAGGUUAUAUAGAAUCUGGGCUUGCAACUCCAUACGGUCAGGAUGAUGAGACGACUGAUACUCCAACAACUACAAGCACCAUUCAAUCGACACUUCCUGAUAUUAAGAAAGUCACACAAGAUUUGUUGAGACAAACAGAUUCUAUUUUGGGUGCUUUAAUGGUUUUAAAUGCUACAGUUACAGAGUUGGCCAAAGAUGGUGGUCUUUUAGUAAAGACUGAUACCAAAGAAGAUGUUAACAAAGAGAAUGUUUCUGAAAGUUUUAGUAGCAAAAAAGUAUUGGAUGAAAAAGAAGCCGAGGAGAUGAGAGCCCUGUUUUCAACAGCUGAGAGUGCAAUGGAGGCUUGGGCAAUGUUAGCCACUUCACUGGGCCAUCCAAGUUUUAUCAAAUCAGAGUUUGAGAAGAUAUGUUUCUUGGAUAACCCAGUCACCGAUACACAGGUGGCAAUCUGGCGUGAUUCAGCUCGGAAACGAUUAGUUGUUGCCUUCAGGGGAACAGAACAAGUUAGAUGGAAGGACUUGAGAACUGAUCUAAUGAUGGUUCCAGCUGGGCUAAACCCAGAAAGAAUAGGUGGUGAUUUUAAAGAAGAGGUUCAGGUUCACUCAGGAUUUUUAAGUGCAUAUGACUCGGUCAGAACGAGGAUCUUCUCUCUCAUCAAAGCAGCUACUCGGUAUCAAGAUGAAGAUGCUGUUGAGUUAUCCAAAUGGCACGUUUAUGUCACUGGCCAUAGUUUAGGUGGUGCGCUGGCAACCUUGCUUGCUCUUGAACUAUCCUCGAGUCAAUUGGCAACGCGUGGGAUCAUCUCUGUAACUAUGUAUAACUUUGGCUCUCCAAGAGUUGGAAACAAAAAAUUUGCUGAAGUGUAUAACGAGAAAGUUAAAGACAGCUGGAGAGUUGUAAACCACAGAGAUAUUAUUCCAUCUGUGCCUCGUUUGAUGGGUUAUUGCCAUGUCGCCCAGCCUAUAUAUUUAGCAGCUGGAGAUUUAGAAAAUGCAUUGGAUAACUUAGAGGUCUUGGGAGAUGGUUAUGAAGGUGAUGUUAUUGGAGAAUCCACCCCUGAUGCCCUUGUCACUGAAUUUAUGAAAGGUGAGAGGGAACUGAUUGAGAAAAUCUUAAACACGGAAAUAAAUAUUUUCCGCUCAAUCAGAGAUGGGACUGCCCUUAUGCAGCAUAUGGAGGACUUCUACUACGUAUCUUUACUGGAGCAUGUCAGAUCAAACUACCGAACUGUUAGGAAAACGAAACCUGUCGAUGGAGGUAGCUCAGCAGUUCAAGAAGUGUAAUAAACAUAUAGAUAUCUGAACUUUACUCCGAAGUUCACUCUUUAAAUUGGUAAAUAUGAUAUAAUAUUCAUUAAUAGUCAUCACAGUACAUGAGGAAUCCUUGUAAAUAAUAUAGGUCAUGACUUCAACUUAUUGGCAGCUUUCAUUCAAGAAACUGAGAUAUAUGUGUUA